UGUUACUACAGGGUGAUUCCGGAAGAAGCAAGAGCGCGGCGUGAACAUGGGGAAGCAAAAGAAAACCAGAAAGUAUGCGACCAUGAAGCGAAUGCUUAGUCUCCGAGAUCAGAGGCUUAAAGAGAAGGACAGAUUAAAACCUAAAAAGAAAGAAAAGAAAGAUCCCAGUGCACUCAAGGAAAGAGAAGUCCCCCAACAUCCUUCCUGCUUAUUCUUCCAAUAUAACACACAGCUGGGCCCACCUUACCACAUCCUGGUUGAUACCAACUUUAUCAACUUUUCCAUUAAAGCGAAACUUGACUUAGUACAGUCAAUGAUGGACUGUCUGUAUGCCAAGUGUAUCCCUUGUAUAACUGACUGUGUAAUGGCUGAAAUUGAAAAACUGGGGCAAAAGUAUCGAGUGGCUCUAAGGAUUGCCAAGGAUCCAAGAUUUGAACGAUUACCAUGCACACACAAAGGAACCUAUGCAGAUGACUGCUUAGUACAGAGAGUAACUCAGCACAAGUGUUACAUUGUGGCCACAGUUGACCGGGACCUUAAACGAAGAAUCCGGAAGAUCCCUGGAGUUCCCAUCAUGUACAUUUCUAACCAUAGGUACAACAUUGAGCGGAUGCCAGAUGAUUAUGGAGCCCCUCGGUUCUAAUUCUUAAAAGAGAGUUCCUCUGCCUUCCUUUACCAACUUUUUCUGUUGCCAGUUCAUAUUAGCAAUAUGCUGUAGCAUGAAUUAUUCUUCUUACCCAUUUGCUCUGUUAUGAGCUGACUGUAGUUAAAUACACUCACUUUUUGAUGUUUUGAAAUUGAUAUCUUGUAUCAUUUUAAAUAUUGUUGCAUCUUUUUAUAAAUCAGAUGAUUG